AUGAGUUUCCCUCCUCCUCCUCCAGGGUUUAGGCCGCCGCCGCCUCCAGGGAUGGCUGCGCCGGCAAAUGAAGCAUCUGGGUCGCGUCUCCCAGCUGAAGUCAUUGCCCAAAAGUCGCAAAAAUGGGUUCAAAUGCAACGCAAAAGAUACGGAGAGAAGAGGAAAGGUGGAUAUGUUGAUAUGGGAAAACAGGACCUUCCUCCUGAACAUGUUCGCAAAAUCAUUAAGGAUCAUGGAGACAUGAGCAACCGGAAGUUUAGAAAUGACAAGCGAGUUCACCUUGGUGCUUUGAAAUAUGUUCCACACGCCGUCAUGAAACUUUUGGAAAACAUUCCGUAUCCUUGGGAGCAAGUUCGUGAAGUCCCCGUAUUGUACCAUAUCACUGGUGCAAUCACUUUCGUCAACGAGAUCCCGCGCGUCAUUGAACCUGUGUACCAUGCGCAGUGGAGCACCAUGUGGCUGGCUAUGCGUAGGGAAAAAAGGGAUCGAAGGCAUUUCAAGCGUAUGCGUUUCCCACCAUUCGAUGACGAGGAGCCGCCUCUAGAUUAUGGCGACAAUGUAUUGGAUGUGGAUCCUCUAGAGGCCAUUCAGUUGGACCUCGACGAAGAGGAAGAUUCUGCAAUCAUUGAUUGGUUUUAUGAUCCCAAACCACUUAUUGACACAGCUUCAGUGAAUGGGCCUUCGUACAAGUACUGGUCACUGUCGCUUCCCGUCAUGGCUAACUUGUACCGUCUAGGAAGAACCCUUCUUUCCGACCAAGCCGACAAAAACUCCACUUACUUAUUCGACAAGAAUGCCUUCUUUACUGCUAAGGCACUCAACAUGGCGAUUCCUGGUGGGCCGAAAUUUGAACCUCUCUAUCGUGACAUGGAUACGUUUGACGAAGACUGGAAUGAAUUCAACGAUAUCAAUAAAGUCAUCAUUCGUCAACAAAUUAGAACUGAAUACAAGGUCGCAUUCCCGCAUCUAUACAACUCGCUUCCUCGUUCUGUUCGCAUUUCGCCUUACCACUAUCCCAAGAAUGUAUACAUUCGCACGGAUGAUCCAGAUUUACCUGCAUUCUAUUUCGACCCUCUUAUCAACCCAAUUUCACUUCGUGGACAUGUCCCAAAAAAUGCACCACUCAUCUCACAUGAAGAUAGCAUUUUUGGGCCAAAUGAUCAAGAUGAAGACAACUUUGUCUUGCCUGAACAAGUCGAACCUUUCCUUGCAAAUAAGGAUCUUGAAAACGACUUGACUGCUGAUGGUAUUGCCCUCUGGUGGGCCCCUGAACCAUACGGUCGUCGAUCUGGCCGCAUGAGGAGGGCUCAGGAUGUGCCACUUGUUAAGAAUUGGUACCUCGAACACUGCCCCCCUGGCCAACCGGUCAAAGUUCGAGUUUCCUACCAGAAGCUCCUCAAGUGCUUCGUUCUAAAUGAGUUGAGGACUCGACCGGAAAAGGCGAUGUCGAAGAAGAACCUCUUCCGCCAGCUUAAAGCGACUAAAUUCUUCCAGACGACCAAAUUGGAUUGGGUCGAAGCAGGUCUUCAAGUCUGUAGACAAGGUUAUAACAUGCUCAACCUUUUAAUUCAUCGCAAGAAUUUGAACUACCUCCACCUGGAUUACAACAUGAACUUGAAACCCGUCAAGACCCUCACCACGAAGGAGCGCAAGAAAUCUCGUUUCGGAAAUGCUUUUCAUUUGUGUCGAGAGAUUCUUCGCCUUACGAAACUUGUUGUCGACGCCCAUGUUCAAUUCCGCCUUGGAAACGUGGAUGCCUUUCAGUUGGCCGACGCCUUGCAGUACAUUUUUGCGCAUAUCGGUGCCCUGACUGGCAUGUACCGUUACAAGUACAAGCUUAUGCGACAAGUGCGAAUGACCAAGGAUCUCAAACAUUUGAUAUACUACCGUUUCAAUACAGGGCCUGUCGGCAAAGGUCCUGGUUGUGGAUUCUGGGCACCUGGAUGGCGUGUAUGGUUGUUCUUUAUGCGUGGAAUUGUGCCUCUUUUGGAGAGAUGGCUAGGCAACUUGCUCGCUCGUCAAUUCGAAGGCAGAAACAGUAAAGGUGUUGCAAAAACAGUCACGAAGCAGCGUGUCGAGUCCCAUUAUGAUCUUGAGCUACGGGCGGCUGUCAUGCACGAUAUUUUGGACAUGAUGCCAGAGUCUAUCAAGCAAAAUAAAUCCAAGACCAUUUUGCAGCAUCUUUCAGAGGCUUGGCGGUGCUGGAAAGCUAACAUACCUUGGAAAGUACCUGGUAUGCCUACUGCUAUCGAAAACAUCAUUCUUCGAUACAUUAAGAGCAAGGCCGACUGGUGGUGCUCUGUGGCUCACUAUAAUCGGGAACGUAUUCGUCGUGGCGCUACCGUGGACAAGGCUGUCGUCAAGAAGAAUCUUGGCCGUCUCACUCGUUUAUAUCUGAAGGCCGAGCAAGAGAGACAGCACGGUUAUCUUAAAGAUGGUCCAUAUAUCAGUGCAGAGGAAGCAGUUGCUAUUUACACAGCGACGGUCCACUGGCUUGAGAGCAGGAAAUUCGCACCCAUUCCCUUCCCUCCUCUUUCCUACAAGCACGAUACCAAACUUUUAGUUUUAGCACUGGAAAAAUUGAAAGAAGCUUACUCCGUAAAAGGACGUCUCAAUCAAUCGCAGCGUGAGGAGCUGGCGCUCAUCGAACAAGCCUAUGAUAAUCCUCACGAGUGUCUUUCUCGUAUCAAACGUCUUUUGCUCACCCAACGAGCGUUCAAGGAAGCCGGAAUUGAGUUCUUCGAUACUUACGACAAACUCAUCCCUUGUUACGAUAUUGAGCCAGUAGAAAAAAUUACAGACGCCUAUCUCGAUCAAUUCCUCUUCUUCGAGGCUGAUAAACGAGGUCUUUUCCCGGCUUGGAUCAAACCUGCUGAUACCGAGCCACCUCCAUUGCUCGUGUACAAAUGGUGCCAAGGAAUAAAUAACUUAACUGACAUCUGGGAAACAAGUGAGGGAGAGUGUAACGUGCUCAUGGAAACUGUCCUUUCAAAGGUUUACGAGAAGAUUGACCUUACCCUUCUCAAUCGACUUCUACGGUUGAUCCUCGACCACAAUCUGGCGGACUACAUUACGGCCAAAAACAAUACCAAUAUGGCCCACACUAAUGCAUUUGGUUUGAUUCGUGGUCUCCAAUUCUCCGCCUUUGUUUUCCAAUACUACGGCUUGGUCCUUGAUUUGCUCAUCCUUGGCUUGCAACGCGCUAGUGAAAUGGCGGGCCCACCUCAGAUGCCCAACAAUUUCUUACAGUACCGUGAUUCGGCUACCGAAACCCGACACCCCAUUCGACUCUACUCUCGCUAUGUUGACCGCCUGCAUAUUUUGUUUAGGUUUACCGCUGACGAAGCGCGCGAUCUAAUUCAGCGCUACCUCUCUGCGAAUCCCGAUCCCACAAACAAUAAUGUCAUCGGUUACAACAACAAACGAUGCUGGCCUCGAGAUUGCCGAAUGCGGUUGAUAAAGCACGAUGUCAAUCUUGGACGUGCAGUUUUCUGGAAUAUCAAACAGCGCUUGCCCCGGUCGUUGACCACCAUUGAAUGGGAAGAUACUUUCGUCAGUGUUUACUCCCAGAACAAUCCCCAACUCUUGUUCUCGAUGUGUGGCUUUGAAAUACGCAUUCUACCUAAGAUUAGAACCAUGUCGGGAGAGCAGUUCUCGUUGAAGGAUGCAGUAUGGAACCUAACCAACGAGCAGUCGAAGGAACGGACCGCUCAAGCCUUCCUGAGGGUCUCAGAUGAAGGUGUUCAACAGUUCAACAAUCGCAUUAGGCAGGUUUUGAUGAGCUCCGGUUCGACAACAUUCUCGAAGAUUGUCAACAAGUGGAACACAGCACUUAUCGGUCUCAUGACUUACUAUCGCGAAGCCGUUAUACACACCAAUGAGCUCCUAGACUCUUUGGUCAAGGCUGAAAAUAAGAUCCAGACUCGCGUUAAAAUUGGUCUCAAUAGUAAAAUGCCUUCUCGUUUCCCUCCCGUGGUUUUCUACACACCAAAGGAGCUGGGAGGUCUUGGAAUGUUGUCAAUGGGACAUGUCCUGAUUCCACAGAGCGACCUUCGAUGGUCAAAGCAAACCGACGUCGCAGUUACUCACUUCCGUGCUGGCAUGACUCACGAGGAAGAUCAACUGAUUCCCAAUUUAUAUCGUUAUCUCCAACCAUGGGAGGCUGAAUUUUUGGAUUCCGCCCGUGUCUGGUCGGAGUACUCGAUGAAGAGGAAGGAAGCCAACGCCCAAAACCGUCGCCUCACUCUGGAAGAUUUGGAAGAUAGUUGGGACAGAGGUAUUCCUCGUAUUAACACCUUGUUCCAGAAGGACAGACACACUCUGGCUUACGAUCGCGGUUGGCGUGUACGCACAGACUGGAAGCAAUACCAGUUAUUGAAACAUAAUCCAUUCUGGUGGACAUCCCAGCGCCAUGAUGGUAAACUUUGGCAACUGAACAAUUAUCGAGUGGACGUUAUCGCCGCCCUGGGUGGUGUAGAAGGUAUCCUUGAACAUACCUUGUUCAAAGGAACGUACUUCCCAACUUGGGAAGGUCUUUUCUGGGAGAAGGCGUCUGGAUUUGAGGAGUCAAUGCGAUACAAAAAGUUGACCAAUGCCCAGCGGUCAGGUCUUAAUCAAAUCCCCAAUCGUCGCUUUACCCUAUGGUGGAGUCCAACCAUUAAUCGUGCCAAUGUGUAUGUUGGUUUCCAAGUGCAACUUGAUCUCACUGGUAUUUUCAUGCAUGGAAAAAUUCCUACUCUUAAAAUCAGUUUGAUCCAAAUUUUCCGUGCCCACUUAUGGCAGAAAAUUCAUGAAAGUGUGGUUAUGGACUUGUGUCAAGUGUUUGAUCAGGAAUUGGAGCCUCUCCAAAUCGAGACCGUCCAAAAGGAAACAAUCCACCCUCGUAAGAGUUACAAAAUGAAUUCAUCAUGUGCAGACAUCCUUCUUUUCUCUGCCUAUAAGUGGAACAUUUCUCGCCCCUCACUUGUCACCGACGUAAAAGAUGUCCUUGACGGAACCACAAGUAACAAAUUCUGGAUCGAUGUUCAGUUGAGAUGGGGUGAUUUCGAUACCCAUGAUAUCGAACGAUACACUCGAGCCAAAUUUUUGGAUUAUGUUUCCGAUUCUAUGAGUAUUUAUCCCUCCCCCACCGGCGUUAUGAUAGGCAUGGACUUGGCUUAUAAUUUGUGGUCCGCAUACGGAAACUGGUUCCCUGGAAUGAAGCCCUUGAUUCAACAGGCGAUGGCGAAGAUCAUGAAAGCGAAUCCAGCCUGCCACGUCCUGCGAGAGCGCAUCCGAAAGGGUCUGCAGUUAUAUUCUUCGGAACCCACGGAACCGUACCUUAAUAGUCAGAAUUAUUCGGAACUGUUCUCAAAUCAAAUCAUCUGGUUUGUGGAUGACACCAACGUUUAUCGUGUAACUAUCCACAAGACUUUCGAGGGUAAUUUGACUACUAAACCCAUCAAUGGCGCUAUCUUCAUCUUCAAUCCACGGUCUGGUCAAUUAUUCCUCAAAAUUAUUCACACCAGUGUAUGGGCGGGACAGAAACGUCUUGGCCAAUUAGCUAAAUGGAAAACUGCUGAAGAAGUUGCGGCCUUGGUCCGUUCUCUUCCCGUGGAAGAACAACCCAAACAAGUGAUUGUCACUCGAAAGGGAAUGUUGGAUCCUUUGGAGGUCCAUCUUCUUGAUUUCCCUAACAUCGUCAUCAAGGGUAGCGAACUGCAGUUGCCAUUCCAGGCAUGUAUGAAAAUGGAGAAAUUCGGUGAUCUUAUUUUGAGGGCCACACAGCCUCAAAUGGUUCUGUUCAGUCUUUACGACGACUGGCUGAAGUCGAUUUCAAGUUAUACGGCAUUUUCACGGUUAAUUCUACUUCUUCGUGGCCUGCAUGUCAACAAUGAAAAGGCUAAAAUCAUCUUGCAUCCUGAUAAAUCCACAAUCACGGAGCCUCAUUUCGUUUGGCCAACUCUCAGCGAUGAAGAAUGGAUCAAAGUUGAAAUUGCUAUGAAAGAGCUCAUCCUUGCUGAUUUCGGCAAACGCAACAGUGUCAACAUCGCGUCAUUGACUGUGAGCGAAGUUCGGGAUAUCAUCUUAGGUCAAGAAAUCGCGGCACCUUCAGUCCAGCGCCAGCAAAUGGCCGAAUUGGAAAAGAGUACUGAAGCGCAGAGCCAGAUCACUGCUGUCCAAACGAAAACUACGAAUGUUCAUGGAGACACGAUACAAACAGUGACCACUACCAACUAUGAACAACAGGUUUUCAGUAGUAAAUCGGAUUGGCGUGUGCGUGCUAUUUCUGCCACACAUCUUCCUCUGCGCCUGCAACACAUCUAUGUUUCGAACGACGAUGUCAAAGACGAUGCUGCUUCAUUUACAUACGUCUUGCCGAAGAAUGUUCUCCGUGCUUUUAUCACUGCUGCGGACCUCCGAACCCAAGUAGCAGCCUUUUUGUAUGGAGUGUCGCCGCCAGAUAAUAAACAAGUCAAAGAGAUCAAGGCCAUUGCUUGGGUUCCUCAGAGAGGUAGUAAUAACGAUGUCGAGCUUCCCUCACAGCUGCCCAAGGACGAUUUCCUUCUCAAGGAUCUCGAACCUUUAGGAUGGAUUAAGACACAAUCUCUCGAAAUCCCUCACCUUUCACCGAAAGACGUCACCGCUCAAGCCAAACUGAUGGCGGAUCAUCCUGAAUGGGGCUCAUCCUCCAUCUGCUUGACAGCCUCUUUUACUCCAGGUUCCGUUUCUCUGUCAGCUCAUUCUUUGACAGUUCCUGGCUUUGAAUGGGGAAGAAAGAACCAAGAUACAUCCAUGAAUCCUCCGGGUUUCAAUCCGAAUAUGUCUGAUCGCGUGCAACUACUUCUUUCUGACCGCAUUCUUGGGAUGACCCUCGUUCCCGAAGGACGAGUCUGGAACUAUGGUAUCGGUCUCACACAACUGUGGUCUCCCACCCUCAGCUAUUCCAUGACUCUUGAUACUCCUUUGCUUUUCUGGGCUGAAGAACAUCGACCAGCGGCUUUCCUCACAUUUGCCAAUCUUGAGCAAGGGGAGGACAGUGCCGAUGUUGAAAAUAGCUUUGCUUGA